AUGGCAGAUGCAGCUCCCAAAACCCAAACCAAAACACCCUCUGAUCAUGAAAAACAAAGUAAGUUUUUUCUAUACAAGGCUGCCCUUGUCACACUUCUCCUAGUUUUGGUCCCACUUUUCCCUUCCCUGGCUCCUGAUUUCUUCAACCAAACCUUCCACUCAACAAGCUGGGAGCUUCUGCAGCUCAUUUUUGUGGGCAUCGCCGUUUCGUACGGACUGUUCAGCAAGAAAAACGAUAUUGAGCCUCACAAAGACAACCACAAGAUUGAUAAUGCACAGCUAUAUUUGUCCAAGCUGCUGCAGGUUUCAUCUGUUUUCGACGAUGAAUCCGAAUCCGAAUCCGUGAUCGAGGAGAACAAGUUUCACGCAUUGAACUCUCAGUAUCAUAGAGGCGAGCCGGUAGUUGUAGUUGAGGAGCAAAACGACGCCGUUUCACAGAUCAGCCGGAAGCCUCUCCUUCUUCCCGUUAGAAGCUUGAACCACCCCCUUCCCAGCCCUAAUUCCAGAGCUGGAGAGGCGGAGGAGGAGAAGGAGGUGCUCCGAUCGCCUAUUCCAUGGCGAUCGAGGUCGGGAAGGAACGGUGAUGGCGAAAUCACCUCUCCUUCAUUGAAUUUGAAGAGGAGUGAUCAGUCUAGAUCAUUUAGGGGAAACCCUAAUUCAUCGUCGCCGUCGCUAUCAUCGUCGUCAUCACCUCUCUUACAUGAAUCUGAAUCAAAGAGGGGCGAAGAUGCGGUGAGGAAGAGGAGCUUCGUCCCUCCCCCGCCGGCUCCACCGCCUCCGCCUUCGCCGGCGUUCCUGAGGAAAUCGGUGCUGAUGAAAUCGAAUUCGAGCAUCGGCAACACCAAAAAGGCGUUGGAGCGGAGCGCGAGGAGCGUUCCGAGUGAGGAAUUGAGUGAAACCGAGAUGAUGAGAUCUGAUGAAGGAAUCUCGACGAGCGAUGGGGGAGAGGAGAGUGGGUGUGGGCCCGACGUGGACAAGAAGGCCGACGAGUUCAUAGCGAAAUUCCGGGAGCAGAUACGGCGGCAGAGGAUUGAGACGAUCAGAAGAUCGGCGGCGCAGCGUGCGGGGAAGAAUACUACUGCUACGUAA